AAAGCUAAAGUCUAACCCUAAUUCAUUCACGCCACUCUGUCUCUAACACUCUCAUCUCUCUCGGUGCUCGCUCUCUCUUCUCUUUCUCAUCUCAGACUGAGUUAUCUCUCUCGGUACUGCCUCUCACAGUCUCAUCCGUCUCAGAUCAGAUCGAUGUCAAGUACUGGAGAGACAAAUGGUGUCAUCGACCUCUCUCAGUCUGAGCCAGAGUAUGACCCUCAGCCUGAAACUCCUUCUGGUUCAAAGGGCAAUGACCUCAAACCCAUUGAUCGUCUUACUGAAAUGCCAGAUGACAUUCUCUCUUGCAUUCUCUCGUUUUUGAGUAUUAGAGAUUCUGUCAAGGCAAGGAUACUGUCUAGAAGAUGGAGAUAUAUCUGUCCAUUCAUGUUGAAUCUUGAUUUUGAUCUUCAUACCGUGCUCGGAAUCAACUACAAAGCAAGGUACUCAAAUGGAGAUUCAGAUAUCUCAUGGGAGGAUAAGAGUAAGUUUGUAAGUGGAGUUGAUCAAUUUUUGGAGCUAUACAAUGGUCAAAAGCUAGACUCUCUCAGGAUCUGUUUUUGUCUUGGUAACGAGUACACUGGUUAUGUUGAUAGGUGGAUUAGAUUUGCAAUUAUAAUGAAAACUGAAAAGCUUGAUCUUGACUUUUCCGCUAGUCCUGAAAGUCAAAGUAAUAACUUAUAUGAUUUUCCCUGUCAGCUUCUUCCUCAAGGUGAUUCAUCUCAAUUAAAGUAUUUGUGCCUAAAAUCAUGCAACCUAGGGCCAACCCCUAAUCUCGUAAGCAGGCUCAACUCCCUAAAAUCCCUUGAUUUAGAACACGUGCCUCUAAAUCAAAGUUGUGCUAACAGUAUCCUUUCUAGUUGUUUAAACCUUGAAUGGUUGAGGCUAAAGAACAGUAUUCUACCUGAAACUUUAUGCAUUCAUGGUCCAUCCCUCCAUUUGAAGAUUUUGAUUGUGCAUGAAUGCUAUGGAGUAGAGAAGUUUGAGAUUUCUUCUAUUGGUCUUACCACAUUUGAAUAUAUUGGUAAAGUGAAAAACUUUUCUUUUCUUGACGUUCCUCGGCUGGAAAAAGUGCAUAUCAGGUUCAUGGUUGCAUAUGAGAGGGGCACACAAUAUAUGUUCAAUGGAAUUGCAAAUGAUCUUCCUCGGCUUCAAACCCUAUCACUAGUUUUGACAACAGAUGAGGUCCUCCCAAUACCUGCAAGGAUAACUAGAUUCAACUCUCUCAAACAAUUGGAGUUGUUUGUUAUGGUAUCAUCAGACUUUAACCUUCUCUCUCUUACUUCGCUCUUAAAUGCUUCUCCUCUUCUGCAGAAGCUCCAUUUGUCGUUACACACUGGGAGAUCCAGAGGUCGAAGAAUAGAGCAGCAGUACUCAAAACAUGUACAUUGUGAACUGAAAGAGGUUGAAGUACACGGUUUCUUGGGGAGAUCGAAUGAGAUGGAGCUUGCUAUUUAUUUGCUUAAGAAUGCCGUCUCACUCGAGCGAAUGAUUCUGAGCACCCAAAAGAGAUUGUACCAUGGAGGUGGAAAGUGGACGAGCUCCCGGUGCCCAUGGUUUGAAUGGCAGAAAAAGAAGGCCUGUGCCUAUGAUUUGCUCCAAAAAGAAAAAGUCAAUUCACAUACAGAACUACUUUUCUUAUGACAUAUUUAUGCUACAAAAACUAUUUAGCUAGAAUCCAUGUUUUGUAAAACAUAAUUUAUAGUUUUUCUUUAAAAUUUUAGUUUGUAACUAUUUAUUAGUGUUGACAUGAAUAUGUGGAUGUAAUUUAUUGGUUAAAAUGUUUUUACUAAUAUUGUCAUUUCACAGUUAGGGAUGCA